AUGGAAGGAAGGGAUAUUGAGCGGCUUGGUCCAAGAUCUGAACACCACACAGUCCGGGGAGUAUCCUGGCGUGGCACCUCAUCAUCGUCCCAGGGACUUGAGGGGCAGGACUUCCACGAGCUCGCAACUGGCUCUGGAGCCGUUGCUGUAGACCUACGCCCUACCCCAAACGCCAGUCUGUCUUUACUAAACUGUUACAGACCUAGAUAUGAAAAAGGGCUCGUUGGUGGCCUACUUUUCCCCAACAAAACUUGUCUUCCAGCGCUAAUUCCAAGCGUGAUCCGUAUGCAAACUACGGCUAUAGUCCAUAGGCCUCUAUCUCUUAGUCGGGAUACGCCUAUUCCCCAAUCGCACCAAGAACGUAGAGAUGAAGUUUCGGUUGGAGUAUUGAAUCCUGGCGUGCGGGAGCAAGAAUUAUCGGCCUUGGAGUCAGAAGGACCAAUGACAGAGGAGGGGGUGAUCGGAAACGCAGGCGCUGUCAAUGCAGCCGUUAUUACAGGAACUCCUAGUCUCAGUGCCAGAGUUUUCCCUAGAAUUUCCGCCGACAUUGUCUACUUCCAUUGUCCGGGAAAUUCCUCCAGCGUCUCACGUUACAAGACACUCAUUUGUUCGAAGGAAUUUGGCGAUGUGGGGUAUCAGACGUCACAGAGGGUGCAAAUGGUGGCGGCGUCAGCUGGCGUCGGUGGGACCUACGUAGUGGAUUUUUGGGCACAGAGCAGACUGCGAUCUUAUUGCGCCUAUGCCCGAGUUGUACUCGAAACAAGACGGUCUAGGGACGAAUUCGAACAAAAGGAUCGUGUAUUAUGA